AUGGAAUGUCAAUCUUUUUUGAAAUUUUUAUAUUUAUNUNUAAAAAAAAAAAAAAAAAAAAAAAAAAAAGAAAAGAAAAUUAAUAAGUUUUUUUUUUUUUUUUUAUUUUUUUUUUUUUUUUUUUUUUUUGAUUAUUAUUUAUACACUUUAAAUUAUAUAGUUUGUGUGCAAAUAAACAAAGCAAAAAAAAAAAAAAAAAAAAAAAAAAAUUUAAGAAAAAAUUUUUUUUUUUAA